CAUUCACAAACACAGAGAGCAACCAUUAAGUUUCAUUCAUAGUGAAAAUUCUCUCAUCUUACUCUCACAAUUUUCUCUCGGCAAGUCUCGAUGGAUCCGGAGGCGAAGCUCAUACUACUCAUCUUGAGAUUCAAUGCUUUGAAAAGCUAUAUAAACUCGGAUCCAGAAGAGGUCAUGUCAGUGAUUAGUCAAAUAAUCUCUCUGGUUAAGUCAAUGGUGACGGAGACGGAGACGGAGCUGAUGUCACUCAUCUCUGAAACAAUCGAUUUUUUCAAGGAGAUGGAUUUGGAGUCCCAGCCGAAUUCGCUAAGGAAGCUCAUAUCACUCAUUUCUCGAACGCAUUUCGUCAACUCUUCAGAUUGGGAGGAGCCGGUUCCGGAGUCUACGCUCAUGUCACUAAUCAAGGAAACAUGGAGUAUGAAGCCGCAGCCGGAGCUCAUAUCACUCAUUCAGAAAAUAAUAUCCCUCGUCGACAACUCUCCGGAGCUGAAGCUCAAAUCAUUCAUUACUCAACUAAUCUUUCUGGACGAUAAUUUGUCUGAGAGACUGAAUUGGAAUUACUCUCGGAGGUUCUUGUCACUCAGUAGAUAUAUAAUCUCUCUGGCCACCUCAGUGGAUUGGAAUUUGCAGCCGAAGCCCGAGUCGGAGCUCAUGUCACUCACUAAUCAAUCUAUCUCUGUCUUCAACUCUAUGGAUGUUGAUUCUCAGCCCGAGCCCCUACGGAACCUCAUAUCACUCAUAUCACUCGCUUCUUUCAGAUCCUCUCCCACCAACUUAAGAUAUUCGAAGCCGAACAUGGUGGAUAUCUUGAACCUUUUUAAAGACAAGACGGUUGAGUUUGAAACGGGCUCACUUACGAAAAGAGUUGUAUGGAAGUCUCUCAAUAAGAAGCUUUUUCUACUGGUUACGGAAACAUUGAGUCUCGACCCGGAGCCGAAGCUCAUAUCACUCAUCCAUCGUAUAUUCUCCCACGUCCUGUCUAUGAAUUCAAAGUGGAAGAAUCUUAUUUCCCUUUGCCCUCAAGUACAAGUCAUAUUGAAAAAGGGAAAAUUUCAUGUGAUUGAACAAGGCUUAUGGACCAGGAAUCAAAAGUGGGACGAUCCAGUGAGCGACGACGACUCAACUGAAGCACGAGUAGUCUCCUGGAGAAAGAAUAAGUGGGACUGUCUUCCUUUUAACUGGGAUAAGUUCAUGUUAACUGAAGAAAAAGAUGAUACCCAUUUUGUCUGCCGAGGUUGCUAUGGAGAGAACCAUGAAGAUAAUAGCAAGGCUCCGGUCGAGAUCAAACACCCUCUUCAUCCUAAACAUUCUCUCCAGCUUGCCUUGUUCAAUGAUGACAAAACCAGGCAAUGCUAUUGCUGUCACGAACUUCUCCGUGACGAUACCGCAAGUAUGUUUUAUUUUUGCUCUCCUUGCGAUUUUGGGCUCAAGUUUACAUGUGCCAAGAAAUCACCAGUCUUGUCUAUUGACCAACCCAAGUGGCAUGAGCAUACACUUGCCCUGUUUCCAAGUCAAGAUCCCCAAACUUGCAGCCUAUGCGCCUUGAAACAUUCAAAUUUGGUGUUCUAUAUAUGUCCCCCUUGCGACUUUAUUAUCCAUCAAAGCUGUUUCAGCUUACCUCAUGUCAUACGGAUUUCUCGCCACCUCCAUUGUAUCUCUUUUACCCAUUCUUUCCGAAAAGGAGAUUGGAUUUGUGGUGUUUGUCGCCGGAAGAUUAACAAUGAUUACGGGGGAUAUCAUUGCAUCAAGAAAGGUUGUCUUUAUGCGGUGCAUUCAAAAUGUGCCACUCAACCAAAUGUUUGGGAUGGUAUAGAACGUGAAGGAGAGUCAGAAGAAGAAGUGGAAGAACUUGAGCCAUUCCUGACGAUAAGCGAUGGAAUCAUACAGCAUUUCAGUCAUGAACAUCAUCAUUUGACACUUGAUGAGAACAACGGCAAAGAUUACGACGAGAAUAAGCUGUGUCAAGCAUGCAUCAUGCCAAUUUAUUUUGGUAACUCCUACUCUUGUUUGCAAUGUGAUUUCAUUCUACAUGAAGAAUGUGCAAAUCUCUCUCGCAGAUUACAUCAUCCAAUACAUCCACAUCUACUCACUUUAAUAUCAGAUAACCCUCUCAGAGAUGUUGGGUCUUGGAAUAAUUCUGAUCGUGAUUACUGUUCAGCUUGUCCUUCGUUGUGUAUAUCUGGUUUCUUCUAUAAGUGCAGUAAAAUAGAUUGCGAUUUUAGGCUACAUGUGCAGUGCGCCACAAUUUCAGAGCCUUUACUUCAUCCAAGUCAUAUGCAUCAUUUAUUCCUAACAUCCAAACCAAAUGAGGAAAGAAACUGUUCGGUUUGCGCCAAAGCGCCAGGCGAGUACACCAAGGAAACCUUCAAUUGCAUUGAGGAGGAGUGUGACUAUGCUUUGUGUUUCAAAUGUGCUACUUUACCACAACAAGUGAGGUAUAAGCAUGAUAAACACAUACUCCCUCUUUCUUAUGGGAAGAAGACAAGUGACAUGACGUAUUGGUGUGAAGCUUGUGAGGGAAAAAUAAAUCCAGAAGAAGGGUUUUAUAGGUGUGAUGAGUAUUGUUGUGUCCACCUACACAUUACAUGUUUGCUUGGGAAGGACUUAUACUUGAAGCCUCGUUCAUCCUGGUCUCUCUCAUGUGGAGCGCUAUUGAUUCUGCCUAACUAUCUGUGGAUGUCUCGACCUAUUUGCUCCUCCUGUGGUAAUCGUUGUCCUCAGAGAAUAUUUUUAUUUUUACUCUCAGGUGCAUCUUUCUUCUGUUCUGUGUAUUGUAUUCCCACGACGCGUGAACUGGGUUUCUUCCCGGGAUUGGAAGCUGGCGAGUUAGCUCUGAUACUUAGUUCUUUUCGUUCCUGAUCCCAAAGCUAGUAGUCAUCUCAGAAGCUGAAGUUGAAAAUCAUUUUUCUUGUCUAGACCAGUCAUGCAAGUCUCCAUUGUGUACACGGGUUUAUCGCAAACUGCAACUUCGUCAGUAGAAGAAGCAGAGUAGACAUGCCAUCUGUGGUUCCUGCAUUGAGCUUACCGAAAUAGCGAUCAAGUAAAGCAAAUUCCUCUGAGAAGUUACGGUGAGGGACUGAGGGUAAGAUUGAGCUCCCGGGAGGAUUGAUUUUGAAAGGAUAAACGAAGAGGCUAGAUUCAGAUAGUACUUAAGAAUGGUGCACUCUGCUGGAGUCAAGAUCAAUCUAACUGAGAUUUACAUACUUUAUAUCCUUCCAUUUCAUGUAUAUCUCCUUGUUCUUCCUUGCCAUCUAUUACACAUUUAAGAAUAUGCACAGUUAAGUUCAUGAAACUGUUUUUUAACU